GGAAACAGCGGUUGUGUGGGAACUUUGCUCUCUCGUCUCGUGAACUGCGCGUCCGUGCCGCUCUCACUAUGAGCUCGCGUUGCAAUAUUUCUGGUUUGCAAGAAGCCAAACGAGUGGCUAUUUUUGGAGGCACACAUGGAAAUGAGAUGUCAGGCAUAAUGCUGGUAAAUAUGUGGAUAAAUAAUGCAGCCGAGAUAGAGAGAAAUGGAUUGGUGACAAAGCCGUUUAUAAGCAAUCCCAGAGCAGUGGAGAAAUGUACCAGAUACAUCGACACGGAUCUGAACAGAGCCUUCACGCCGGAGAAUCUCAGUGCUCCUGAUGUAGAAGGGCUGCAGUAUGAAGUCCAGAGGGCCAAGGAAAUCAGUCAGAUGUUUGGGCCCAAAGGAAGCCCAGGUGCAUAUGAUGUCAUCUUUGACCUUCACAAUACUACCUCAAACAUGGGCUCCACCCUCAUUCUGGAAAGCUCAACAGAUUUAUUCAACCUUCAGAUGGUGAAUUACAUCAAAACAAGCACGCAACACUUAAACACAUUGGCAAAGGUGUUUCCAUGCAACAAAAAAAUCAAGAAAGCUAUGGCUCCCCACACCUGUCCAGUACUGUUAAACGAAAACCCACAUCUGAAGUAUUCAACCACACGUUCUGUGGCGAAACACCCCAUCGGUCUUGAGGUGGGCCCACAGCCACAGGGAGUUUUGAGGAGUAAUGUGUUUGAGUCCAUGAGGACAAUACUGAAGCAUGCACUUGACUUCCUUGAGAUCUUCAAUAGUGGUGUUGAGUUUCCUCCAUGUACAGUGGAAGUUUUCAGAGCCCAUGAAAGAAUGGACUACCCCAGAGACACCAAUGGCAACAUCACAGCUAUGGUGCAUCCUCAUCUACAGGACUGUGACUGGGAGCCUUUGAACCGGGGUGACCCUAUGUUCCUAACUUUUGAUGGGAGAACAAUCCUUUACGAAGGUGCCAGCACUGUGUACCCCACAUUUAUUAAUGAGGCUGCCUAUUACGAGAAACAGCAGGCGUUCAUGACCACCUGUAGGGAAAUACUAGCUGCUAAUGCUAUCAGGAAAACAGUUAAAGUUAAAAGUUAAUUACACAUAUUUUUUCUUUAAAGUUGCUCCCAAUGGCAGGCUAGCGCCUUGCAUGGCAGCUCUGCUGUCAUUGGUGUGUGAGUGAAUGGGUAAAUGAGACAGUGUAAAGCGCUUUGGAGAACCGCUAUGGUUAAAAAAAAAAGGCGCUAUAUAAUUGCAGACCAUUUACCAUUCAAAAAUGUCCUAUGACUCCCACAAAGUACUAUUAAAUGCAAAUUCUUGUUUUUCACUUGUAUUGUGAAUACAAUAUAUGAAAACAUGACAAUUUCAACAUUUCAAGACAAAAAAAAAAACAAAACAAAAAAAAAACUAUUUGUUUUUAAGAUUUGUAUUUUCAUUUUUUUUUAACUAACUAAAAACUGAUUUGUUGAUUUGUACUGAAAUAUGUUUGAUAAUAUCAAGAUAAUAUCUCUGUAAUGAAGAAUUUUGUAAUUCUUCAUGUAAUGAAAAAUACACAUCUCAGGAACAGUCUUUACUGCCCUCUAGCCUGUGAUUCAACACACUGCUGACUCAAAUACUGACCUGAAAAACGCCUUAAAAACAAAGGAACAUCUCAGCACUGUUUAUAUGUCAUUCGUCACGAAAAAUGACUCAUCCGUCUGAACUCCCUGUAUUUUGUGCUGUUUGUGAUGCAAAAGUCAUUUGUAGUUUAGACGUUUUAAACAAUAGGAACGGAUUUUAUCCUUAUUUCAGUGGCGCAACUCAUAUUUGCCUUAAUAGAACAGUCUGAAAAUGACAGUAACAUAUAGUAGGAAAAUACAGGAAUACACAGUAAGAAUUGCUUAAACAAUGUUUAUCAAUAGUCAUGUGUAUACUGAAUUACAUGCUGCCGACUUUACAGAUUGCUGUAUGUUUUUAAAAGCUCAGCAGGCACUGAAAGAUUUUGUCUGACAGAAUUAUGAUCUUAUUUGUGAGAAAAUUUAUGAUGUUUCCAUUGUGGUUUUGUAUUGUGAUGUAUUUGACUUGUGUAAACUAUUGAAAGGCCAAUUAGAGUGUAUUAUAUUUUGUAAUAGUGUGAUUUUUAACAAAAUAACACAUUUAUCUAUGCAAUGAAUAAUGUAUUCAUUUUAUGUGGACAGACGUUCUUUAUUUAUUUAAAAUUGAAUUCAAGAAGUGUCUAGAUUAUUUUUUAAAUUAAUGUAACUAUUCUAGCCAGCUGUCAAAACACUGUGUUAUGUGAUGUUCUGAAGGUCCAGUUGGUGUUGAGUAUUGACUGAUGAAGUUCAGUGUUGUCAAAAUGUGGAAAAUAAUGUAUCCUAAUGUAAUGGAAUAGGCAUUGUCACAGUGUAUUUGUAUUACAUUAAGUCCUUAUAGUCUUUAUUUGACUUGGAGUAAAUCAUUUCAUUCAUAUAAAACCAGGAUAUAUCUCUGUUAUGUCUCUUUAGAAAAUAUAAUAAUAAAAUUUUUAUCUUUAAAUAAAAAGUGCAAAGUAUAUUUAAUAAACAGAUCCUGUACUGUAUGUACUGGA